GGGCUGUGGGCAACGAGGAACCGUGUGUGUUUUUUUAUGUAAGUUCACGACUGUGCCUCCCUGUGCAGUUGAACCAGAUGAAAACAGUGUGAUAAGAUAAGAAGUGUGUCAGCUCCAGCUGGGCUUCAACAUGGACUAUCUACUGCAGGUGAAAAUAGGGGCUUUGGUCGGUUUGUUGCUCCUAACUCUUCUUUUUGGAUUCAUUCCUGCUCGAGUCAAAUGGUUCAGAGACACAACCGGCACCGAAACUCACCGCACAGUUUUGAGUCUGAUAAGCUGUUUUGCUGGAGGGGUUUUCCUGGCUGCGUGUCUGCUUGACAUCAUUCCAGACUAUCUGUCGGACAUCAGCGCUGAGCUGGAUGCCCGAAAAGUUGAGACCAGUUUCCCUCUACCUGAAUUCAUCAUGGCUGCAGGGUUCUUCACUGUCCUUAUCUUGGAGAGGAUUGUCCUCCACUGUCGGCAGAUGAGAGGAGCUCAGGAGGAGACAGAGCCCCUGAUAAGUGACAACAGGAAUGGACACGGACAUGGACAUGGACACAGGACAGUAACGGGUCCUGACCUGGAGAGCAGUGGUCAUCACGUCCAUGUUGACUUCCAGGCCCACUCUCCCUUCCGUUCCUUCAUGCUCUUCCUAUCACUCUCGCUGCACUCAGUUUUUGAGGGCCUGGCUAUUGGACUCCAGAAUACCGACUCAAAGGUUUUAGAGAUCUGCAUUGCUAUUCUGGUCCAUAAGAGCAUCAUCGUGUUCAGCCUGUCCAUAAAGCUAGUCCAAAGUGCCGUCCGUCCCAUGUGGGUGGCCGGUUACAUCGGAGUCUUCGCCAUGAUGUCGCCUUUGGGCAUCGCUAUCGGCAUCAGUGUGAUGGAGGCUCAGCUGGCGUCUGGAGCUCUGAUUCAGGCCGUCCUGGAGGGACUCGCUGCAGGGACGUUUGUUUACAUCACCUUCCUGGAGAUCCUUCCACAUGAGCUCAACUCACCUGGGAAGCAGCUCCUCAAGGUGCUCUUCAUCCUAAUGGGCUUCAGCGUUAUGGCAGGCCUAACAUUUCUGGGCUGAGACUGAUGUGAGUCCUGGUUGUAACAGGAAAAUAUGGGAGGAUGUGACCUGGAUGCUUUGUUCAGGAGUUAGUGUGUAACCUCUGGACAAAAAAACCUGCAACAAAGAAGGUUUACUGACACGCCAACACAUCCAGUACAGAGAACUUCAUGAUCAUGGACAGUCGUUCAGUGGUUAUUUAUUGUUUUUAAUAUAUUUUUUUUAAAAUUCAUACAUUUACAGUUUCUUUUAAAGGGGAUUUUAUGUAAAAAGGAACCACUUACACUCUGUCUACACUAAUACAGAUAUUUAUGUCAGUAUUUUCCUUCUCCACUUUCAAGGAAAAUUCUCAGCGUAUCUCUAUACACAUUACAAUGGAAACAUGUCUCCAAACACUGACAAGCUGUUGUUUCUGUGGAAACUGUAGAUCAAAUAACAUUGGACACAGCAGUUGCAGAGGCUUUAUGCAUGAAGUUCAGCAGCAACAAGUUACAUCCUAAACUAGGGCUGCACAAUUAUUGUUAUUAUUUAAAAGUCAGUAUCAGCUUGUGCAAUUAUAUAAUCACAAACGGCUGCAAAAUAAGUCUGGAUUUAAAGGCAGAAUUUAGAAAAAUUUUAGUUUUAUGAUUCGGUCAGAAAAAAGUACUAUGGGAAACAUGCAAACUGAGAAUCACUACAGUUUUUUAGUAUUUUGUUUGAUAAUUUAAGUUUGUAUGUUUGAAAGUAAAAAUGCCAGUUACAACAUGGAUAAUUUCUGCAUGUUCCUUGAUAAUCUAGCAUGCUGAAGUUAAAAUCACAGUAUUUCCUUUUCAUCACAUCGUGCAAACCUAGUCUAUUAUAACUACUGGUUGCAGCUUUUUAAAGUGUAUUCCUUAUAUUCUAUGAAUAUCAAUACAACCAUGUCCAAAUGAGUUACAGCAGACCUCCAUCUACUGCACGUAGUACACUGACUUACACACCUAUAGAUCCUGUAGAUUUUCCAUGGUUGGUGUUGUCUCACACAUGUUCAUUACACAAAGUAACAACAAGCAUCUGUGAAUUGGAGUUUGACAGCAUCAUGUAUUAUACUUUACUAUAUAAACUUUUAAAAAAAUCUUUGUUUCAGUGAUGUAAAACACUAUUUACAUGGGGAUGUGAGGCCCAAAUUUAGAGAAAAGUAUUCAGUUUGCUAAAUGUUAUAUGUUUUAGUGUGGACACGGUAUUAAUGAUAACUUUGAGAGAAUCAAGUGACAAAUCAGAAUCCUGUCAUUAUCACAACAUCCUGUUGGACCCCCAAACAGAACCUUCAUCUUUGACCUUUGACACUUUUUAGUAAAUCACUAUCAGCAAAGUGUUACUGGUGUUGUGGUUUCAUGACACCUUGCAAUUAAUUCAAUCAUCUUAAAUGUUUACGUUUAGUGUUUAAUGGGUACAAAUGUAAAAUUUUGUUCAUUCCUAUUGAAAUUCUGUGUGCCUUCACUUCUGCUGAAGAAAUAUUAACUUGUGUUGACUGAAGGAAUGUUGGUCUGGAUUUAUUUUGUAAAUGCUGACACCUAAUUGUCAAGUUUUUUUCAGAUUUAUUUCAUGACAUGUGACUGAAUUUAUUGGUCAUUACAAACUGGGUAAUCCAAUGUAGUACAAAUGAACACUGACUCCCUAAGGCCUUAAGAUGAUGCCAUGGUAUGAACAUGAUUUGCACUUUUCUACUAAAUAAUCAUUGUUCUUCUUCCAAAAUAACAUGUAAAUGUAGAUGGCUGUAAAAAAUGCUUUAGCCACAGAGAAUAAUUGCCCAAGUCAUUUUUAUUAUGGAUCACAGCCAAUGAUGCAAAAUGAAGCAGUAGCAUUAGUAAAUUUAUGCAGAUAUCACAAUUUAGCCAAACAUUUGACUUAAGCAAUUAUGCUUUGAGGCUAACGACACAUAAUAUAAAAAAAAGAGUAAAUAUAUGGAAAAGUACAUAUGAAACAUGUAAGUUAACAUGUCCUUAUUUCAUAAAGUCCUAGCCUAUUUUUAAAUGAAUGACAACAAAACCUCACUGGUCUCUAGUUUAGUGUAUAUUAAAAUAUCUGACACUGAAAAACAAUCUCGACACAAUUAAUAUUGCAAAAACACAAUAUUAAAGGGACACAUGAGAGACUGUUAUGUGGAAAAAUGAUGUCCAAAGCUGCAGAGCAGUGAGUGGUCUUCAUUCUUCUCAUAGACAAAUAAAGUCUUAAGUAUCAUUUCAUAUGAACAAGAAUUUAGUUAAAAAAAAAAAAAAAGCAGUUUUACACAAUUUUGUAAAAUGUCUGCCAAGAAAUUAAGUCUUGUAAGACCACACAGUUGAGUGAAUCAACUGCGUCACAAAUGUGCCUGUUCCUUUUAUUGUUCACUCGGCGGCGUGUUUAGUCUCUGUUCCUAUUUUGUUCCUGUCAUAUGAUGUUCAGAUCAUUUCCUGAGUGGAACAGAUGCAGGAAGUUGAAAAGUUUUGUUAUGAAAAAGACAUACAAAUGUCAGUAAUAUGUGUUGCCAACUGUGUUAUGGUUCACAAGUUUUGUGCAAAUGCAACUGUUUUUCAU